GUCAUGUGAUCUGCUCGCGGACAAGCUCGCGCCGAUUCACCGCACGACAGUUGCGCAAAUCCAUUUUGCGGCGUAGCAACAGGCUGGCCUGAAGAUGUCUGGACACGGCCACGGGCAUGGGCAUGGCCAGUGUCAGUGCGAGGGGCAUGUGGACCCCGCAGAGAGAGGCCUGGAAUACGGCCUCUUUCGGAAGAUCGACCAGGAGAGGUUGGAGUGUCUGAAUGAGGCGAGUGAGGGAUCUGGCAAACUGGUCUUCAAACCCUGGGAGGAGAGACAGGACCGGACUAAGUUUGUAGAAAGUGACGACGAUGAGGAACUCCUGUUUAAUAUUCCAUUCACUGGCAAUGUAAAACUCAAAGGAAUAAUAAUAAUAGGGGAUGAUGAUGAUACCCAUCCUUCAGAAAUGAGACUGUAUAAGAACAUCGCACAUAUGUCAUUUGAUGACACAGGCAGAGAACCUGAUCAGGUGUUUCAGCUGAGCCGGGACCUCACCGGGGAGGUAGAAUAUACAACAAAGAUAGCUCGUUUCUCAAAUGUUCAUCAUCUUUCCAUUCACAUAACCAAAAAUUUUGGUGCAGAAACUUCAAAAAUUUAUUAUGUAGGUUUGAGAGGAGAGUGGUCAGAGGGCCACAGACAUGAAGUGACACUUUGUACAUAUGAAGCUUCUGCGAACCCUAUGGAUCAUAAAAUUGACCUCAUCACUCCUCAAACACAUUUCAUUACUUAAAAUGUGACUUCUGAUGCUACAACAUAUAUGGAAAAGUGAAGACUUGCACUAACAAGAAGAAAACACUUCUAGAAUUUCAGGACCAUCUUCAGUAAAUGUGCAGUGAAAUAGAACACAGUGCAAUGGAAAAGCUCCAAACAAUUGUCUAUCUUGUAAAUUAUGAACUAACAAAGAUGUGGCGAGCAGAAGAUUAAUAAGGAGACACCAUACACUCUUUAAUUGGGGUCUGCAGUUGCUACUUUAAUUUAUAAGACUUAAAAUACAGAUUUGGCAAUUAAAUAGAAGUGGCAAGCAUUUGAUAUUCUUGGCCUAAAGCAAGAGCUUCCAAAAAAGUACCUGAUUUUGAUUUUUCAUUGUGUUUCACAUGUAUUUGGCAAUGUAUGUUGAAAAUCUGAGUUCCGCUUCCUCUGUCAAAAUCUGCACAUCAAAAUAAUGUGUUGCAUGUGGUGUUUUUCUAUUCCUGUAGCCAUUUAAUUCUUGAGCAAUAACACGGUCUACAAGAAUGACCACUUAAAACAUGUAUUUUUCAUUAAUUACAUAAUGGGAAAACAUCUAUUUAAAAAUACACUAAUUUAGAUUCCUAAAGUCUGUGCAUCUGUAAUUGGCAACCUCAUUUGAUUUUAUAAUAGUCAGGGACUGAACUUUAUCAGAGACCUAUAGAUUCAUAACAAUGCUGUGUGAAUGCUAUACGAAACAUAAACUGAUGUCAGUGAUCUUGAAAUUAUGAAGAGAGACUUUAUUGACUCUUAAACGAGAUCAAAAAUGAGCAGAGACAACACAACUGAUCUUUCUGAAAUUAUCCCAAAAUGUAUUGAUUUAAUGAAUGAAAUAAUAGUGGCAUCCAUAUCUGUUCUAUGUAAACUGCUGUCAGUCUUUUCCAUCUUUGUCUGCAAGUUGCUAUUUUUCUUGAAUGCCUUUGUGCAUUAGGUUAUGUAACAGUAUACACAACGGACACAAUGAUCUUCAAUCAGGUGAGUGAAUGGAGGUUUAUUGUAUAGUUUAAAACUUGCAUUGACAUUUUGUCCUUAUAUCCACUUUGCUUGAACUUAGCUAUUACAUAUUCUGGAUUUGGAGUUACUGUCAUGAUAUGAGAGAAUGUAACCGUUGCUUUAAAGAGAAAAUAAAAUUUGAAAAUUA